AUGGCCUCUGCAAGCUCUCUCAAGCCAAUAUCUUCUCUCAAACUCUCCAACCCAAGAUCUCAAGGUCACUUCCAUUCUCAACAACAAUUGGGUUUCACUCACUCUCAAGCCUUUGCAACCCAACAUCUCAAACUUUCAAAAGACACUCAUGAUCAACAUCAUUUCUCAACAAAAAGAAGUUCCAAGGACUUCACCACCAGAGCUUUCUUCUUCAACAAGAAGAAGUCCCCUCCUGUAUCUCCAAAACCAACUAAAGUUCAAGAGCUGAGUGUCUAUGAAAUCAACGAGCGAGACAGAGGCAGCCCAGCAUUCCUAAAACUCAGUCAAAAACCCCAAAACUCUCUUGGGGACCUCGUUCCUUUCUCCAACAAGAUUUACUCUGGAGACUUACAGAAACGCUUAGGCAUAACUUGUGGUCUCUGUGUACUAAUCCAGCAUGUAGCAGAAAAGAAAGGUGAUCGAUAUGAGGCGAUAUACAGCUUCUACUUUGGUGAUUAUGGUCACGUAUCGGUACAAGGAGCAUACCUAACCUACGAGGACACCGACCUAGCUGUGACUGGUGGGUCUGGGAUCUUUGAGGGUGUGCGUGGACAUGUCAAGUUGCAGCAACUUGUGUUUCCUUUCAAGUUGUUCUACACUUUCUAUUUGACGGGAAUACCUGAUUUGCCAGCUGAACUUCUGGGAAACCCAGCUGUGACCCCAUCGCCAAGUGUAGAACCGGCUCCUGCUGCUAAGGCCACAGAGCCUCAUGGGAUUAUCAAAAACUUUACCAAUUGA